AUGGUGGCGCGGGACAUCGCGCUGGCAGAACUCACCGGCGGUCGACUGCACGUGGCGCACCUGAGUUCGGCGGGCAGCGUAUCUAUGGUGCGGCAGGCGAAGGAUCGCGGCAUUAGAGUCACCGCCGAGGUUUGUCCCCAUCACGUGUGGCUGACCGACGAGUGGGCGCUGGGCGGCAAGGGCGAUGCCAACGCCACGGGCGCGAUGGCCUACGACACCACCACCAAGGUGUACCCGCCGCUGCGGAGUCACGAAGACGUGGCGGCAUGUCUCGCCGGCCUGGUGGACGGCACGAUCGAUUGUGUAGCCACCGAUCAUGCGCCCCACGAGCGGGCCAGCAAGGAGUGUACCUACAACGACGCCGCGUUUGGGAUCAGCGUGCUGGAAACGGCGCUGGGAACGCUGAUGGCGCCGGUGCAUCGGGGUUCGAUAGAUUUUGAUCACCAUGAUCGAGCGGCUGACGGCGGGGCCCGCACGGGUGCUGGGCGACGCAUUUGCACCGUAUGCUUCCCUGUCGCCGGGAACGCCCGCCGACCUGGUGAUCUUCGACCCGCAGGCGCGCUGGACGGUGGAUGUGAACGAGUUUGCGUCCAUGGGCCGCAACACCCCGCUGGACGGCGUGGAACUGCAAGGGCGCGUCGCCGCGACGAUGGUGGCGGGCCAGAUCGUAUUCGAGGAGGAAACCCUGUUGAACCAAGGAGCACGUGCAUGACUCGUCCGGUACACCUGGCACUGGAGGACGGCUCCGUCUUCACCGGCGAAUCCUUCGGCGCGCAGCGGGACGGUUGGGGAGAGGUGGUCUUCAACACCACCAUGACCGGCUACCAGGAGGUACUCACCGACCCCUCCUACGCGGGUCAGAUGGUGGCGUUCACCUACCCGUUGGUGGGCAACUAUGGGAUCAACCGCCGGGACUUUGAAUCCCGGCGAAUUCAAGUGUCGGGCCUGAUCGUGCGUCAGCACUGCGACCUUCCCAGCCACGCAUCCAGCGACAUGACCCUGGACGCCUUCCUGUGGGAAUACAAUAUCCCCGGCAUCAGCGGUAUCGACACGCGGGCAUUGACGCGCCGGUUGCGUACGCGGGGGGUCAUGACCGGCCUCAUAACGGCGGACGAACCCGACAACGCCCUACGCCGGCUGGCCGAGAUACCCCGCUAUGACGACCUGGACCUGGUGAGCACGGUUACGACGCCGGGCGUCUACUCCUGGGACAACGGUGAGCAUGAGGGCUACCCGACAACGCCACCGCCAGCCGGCGUUCGACGCAUCCUGGUCACCGACGCUGGCGUCAAGUACAACAUCCUAAGACUGUUGCAAAGCCGGGGCUGCGAGGUGAUCACGGUGCCGGCCUACACCCCGGCCGAGGACAUGCUGGCGAUGCAACCGAACGGCGUCCUGCUGUCGCCCGGCCCGGGCGACCCCGUGCUGCUGGGCGACAUUGUGAGCAAUCUCGGCAAGCUCAUCGGCCAGGUACCCAUCAUGGGCAUCUGCCUGGGCCACCAGCUGGCCGCCCGCGCGUUGGGCGCCGAGACCUACAAGCUCAAGUUCGGACACCGGGGCGGCAACCAUCCGGUGAAAGACCUGAUUUCUGAGCAGGUGCACAUCACGGCGCAGAACCACGGCUACGCGGUAUCCGCCGACAACCUGCCCGCCGGGCUCGAGGUGUCCCACAUCAACCUGAACGACUACACGGUGGAGGGUUUGCGGCACCGGGACCUGCCCCUGUUCACCAUCCAGUACCACUCCGAGGCGUCGCCCGGCCCAAGGGACAACGAGUACCUGUUCGACCGCUUCCUGGCGAUGGUCGACGACGCGAAGCCGGCGGGGCGAGUGGUUUAG